UCUCGAAUCUAAUCUUACAAACCCUUAUCUACAAUCCUUUCACAAUCAUUAUCUGAUCAAUCACAAUGUCUUUCAACCGUGACAGUGACUACAGCUCCGGUGGUUCCGGUGGCUACGGUGGUAACGACAGCUUCGGAUCUUCCGGCCGUGGAGGCAAUGACUCCUAUGGCUCCUCUGGCAACGACUCCUACGGAUCUGGAGGAGAUUCGUACGGCUCCAAGAAUGACAACUCCUUCGGCGGCUCUUCCGGCCGUGGAGGCAACGACUCGUACGGUUCUUCUAACAACGACUCGUAUGGAUCUGGCCGCGGAGGCAAUGACUCGUACGGUUCAUCCAACAACGACUCAUACGGCUCCUCUAACAACGACUCCUUUGGCGGCUCCGGCUCUGGCCGUAGAGGCAACGACAACGACUCGUACGGCUCCUCCAACAACGACUCGUACGGCUCCUCUAAGAGCGACUCGUACGGCUCCGGCCGUGGAGACAAUGACUCCUAUGGUUCCUCUAACAACGACUCAUACGGCUCUGGCCGUAGAGGCAAUGACAACGACUCGUACAGUUCCUCCAACAACGACUCGUACGGCUCCUCUAAGAACGACUCGUACGGCUCCGGCCGUGGAGACAAUGACUCCUAUGGCUCCUCUAGCAACGACUCGUACGGCUCUAGCCGUAGAGGCAAUGACAACGACUCCUACGGUUCCUCUAACAACGAUUCGUACGGUUCCUCUAACAACGACUCAUACGGCUCUUCUAAGAACGACUCGUACGGUGGCUCUAGCUCCGGCCGUGGAGGCAAUGACUCCUAUGGCUCCUCUGGCAACGACUCUUACGGCUCUGGCCGUGGAGGUAAUGAUUCGUACGGUUCUUCUGGCAAUGACUCGUACGGCUCUGGCUCCGGCUCUAGCGGUAGCCGAUGGUAAUGAUCUUUCCUGGACGCAAACAACAUCUGAAGAUACCUAUGGCAUUGAUUAUGCUAGAAUAUAUGGAUAGCACCUCAGAAUAGUGCUUCUUGAAUUGAUUUAAUUUGAACGUUUAAUCGCAACAAUAGUUACCA